CGAGACGCGAAGAAGGGCAAAGCUGUCGCUGAAAAGAUUUUAAAUAAUUCAAAACAAACUCGAAGAUGUCAGGUAGUGGCCAAAAAGCGAAGACGUCUACUGCUAAGCCAGCAGAACAUCCGAAGUACCUCGACAUGAUAACCGCAGCUAUCGCUGCCUUGAAAGAACGUAACGGUUCCUCGAGACAGGCUAUCAUAAAGUACAUAAAGGCAAACUACAAAGUCGGAGAUAAAGCUGGCGGUCAUGUCAAACAUGCUCUGAGAAAAGGCGUAACAGCGGGAGAACUUCUUCAAAGUAAGGGAACAGGCGCAUCGGGAUCUUUUAAACUUGCCAAAAAAGCUGUUGAAGCUAAGCCAAAGAAACCGAAGAAGCCGGCGGCGAAGAAGACAGUCGCAAAGCCAAAACCCAAAGCUAAGAAGAGCACAACGAAAUCACCCAAAAAGAAAGCAGCUCCUAAAAAGGCCGCAACAAAGAAACCAGCAGCGAAGAAAUCGCCAAGCAAACCAAAGAAGCCAGCAACGAAGAAACCCGCUAGUAAAAAGGCACCUGCGAAGCCCGCUAAAAAACCAGCGGCGAAAAAGGCAGGAGCGAAAAAACCAGCCGCGAAAAAACAAGCAAAGAAAUAAAUGAACAAUCUCUGAACUGAAACAAAACUAAUACACUGGAGUAGUCUUAGCUAGAUUUUAUUUAUGAGAGAAAGACUCUAACAUUUUAAAAGAAUAACAUUGCUGUGCAAAUAUAAUUCUGCUCAUAGUUCCGUGAAAUAAGGUAAUGCUGUUUUUUUAAAACGUUUGUGUUAGCUAAUGCUACUUUAAAACCUUGUACAUAGCCUUGAAAUUAUACAUUGAUAUUUUUAA